AGCGCUGCUCGGGCAGGCGGGGCCAAGCAAUCGCAAGCCCCAGGUGAUUCCUUCGAUGAGCUGGGGUCGCCCGAGCAUUGUGUGCACUGGACAACCUCGGUCAUCCUUCAAACGUCCCCAGCUCUUUGGAAGGUUCUUGCACGCGCCGCAUCGACGCCGACAGCGCUUUCAGCCAGAAGAGAAACUCGGCGCCACUCGGCUCCAGAGCGUCGGUUCGAGACAGUACUUCGGCCCCCACUUGCGUGCGAAGGGUCUAGAACUGCGGCAGUGGGUCAGCGUUCUGCUAUACGCGCAGCUCACGAAAAACCCCGCGCCAGGUCGGUCGUAGGUGUGUCAAUCCAAGGGGGCUCGAAGCAGUGUCCCCUCAUUCCCAAGCGUGGGGCCAAACUCCAUGAGCUCGCCGCGCACCCCGUGGCCUCUAGCACUGUGAGCAAAGCACCGAUACCACCAGCGAGUUCGCCCAUGGCGUCACCCACCGAGGAGAUGAGUACAGAGGAGACACACCUCGACACGGACGCAUGCUGCGGGCAAAGAACACGGGUCCUUGUGACUCAGCUGCAAGCAGCGCGAGACGAAUGCACAGCGAUGAAGACGGCGCUUCACCAGGCGGUCGCGGCGCAAGCGGCGAUCGUGGCUGCCUCGUGGAUAGCCCAGAGCGAUCUUCGAGACGAGAUGCAGCGUCGCCUUCUCACAGAUCGUCGUCGUGGAGCCGAAGUUGCAACAAAGCACGCGCAGGAGCUCCGAGUACUGCAGCGUGAGCUCAAUCAGGUGGCGGGUGAGCUCGAAGGAGUCCUCGCAAACCACGCGGCGAGUGUCUUCGCGUACAACGAGUUGUUUGCGUCAACUGUCGCCGGCCAUGAGGUCAAGUCGCUUGAGGCUGCUGAGAGCCUCGAGGUGCUUUGGUGCGACGAACAAGACAUGAGCCGCGACGACCGGGCCAAAUAG